UUUCAGAUAUUUUUAAAAAAAGAGAGAAAGGGAUUCUGCUGGAAACGACAGUGGCACAGGCUUCGACCCCCAAACAUCUGGAGACUCGAUCCGCGACAUGGUGUCCAAAAACUGGAAACCAUCGAAGGGAAGGGACAAAAGAUCAAGGGGGCCCCCCAAACACGAAGUGGGCAGCAAGAACGAACAGCGCAGACUCACGCAGGAGAUUGCAACAGUGGCAGCUCAGACAAAGAGACUGUUCGACCAGAACCAGGACUACAAGAAGGAACAAGGCGAGAAGUUUAUCACAGUCCGCAUGAUUGCAGAAAACAAAGCGCCCAGCGUUCCCAUAUCAGCAAGCACUGAUAGGGGGACCACCAGGGCAGUAAGACCGUUGCUGCUAGUCCGGUUCAGAAGUAAACUCAAUGAGUGGCAGGUGGUCACAGACGCAGCGUUCACAAUCCCCACCCUCGACGACGACAGAGCCCUGGCCAAGAGCAUCAGGGACAAUGUCACAGCGGAGACCGCACUGGAGGUGUAUGGGGUCCCACCACGAGAGCAGACAGCCGAAGGGAAGACGCUGGAGAAACCGAUCUUCACCCCCUUCGACCCCAUCCUGGUCAAGCUCGAUGAGAGGGCGAAACUCAGCGAAGGCCUGACCUGGAGGGCAUGGGACACAAUCACCAUGAUGCCGUACAACGUGCUGAGCGGGAGGUUCAGCACGACCGACAUCAUUGCAGACUCGCUGGCUGACAUCAUCAGGACCCGCCUUCUGACCUCCAAGACCUUGCUGCAAGACGAGGCAACCCCCAUCUACGUGGACAUGGGAAGGGAAGAGUCCGACAUGGAUGACGACGAGGGGGAGGCAGAGAGGGAAGUGGACAACAAGUUCUCCCCAGGGGGAGACGACGCUGGGCAUCCAACUAAGUCGGACAGCAGCGCUGGGGAGUACGGCUUGAGCUCCUCAGCAGCAUGUGAGGACAGUAGGGAUUCCGAUACCGACAGCAGCAAGACCCAGGCGGCAGUGGACUGAAUGAAUCACCGAUCCAGCAAGAUAACCUCACCUCACAAACAAAAAUGAAAUCACAACACCAAA